CUCCCGCAGCCAUCUUACUUUUACUCCUCCCACACGGCUUCACUGAGUCACGGCGACGCUGCUCGCAGCUGCAUGAGGCCUUCCAACUAUGUCUGAUGCAGCUGGUACUUCCAUCCAUCCCAGACUCUCAGUGCAGAGAGAGCUCGGCCACACUGCUUGGACCUGCUUCACAGCGAUUGGUCUGAGCUAUCUUCCUGUGUGGGUCACGCUGGACUAUGUGUCAGACCUCAUGUAUGCUGCUGACAUGACUGUCACUCUGCAUACUGGCUUCCUGGAUCAAGGAAUUCUCAUCAAAGACCUGACUCGCCUCAGGAAGCGCUACCUGCGCUCCAAACAUUUCAUGUGGGACUUAGUUUCCCUGCUGCCCACUGACUUCCUCUACUUUGCCUUUGGCUUCGAGACGCCCUUGGUGAGGAUCAACCGGCUUGUCCGUAUCCCGCGGCUCAACGAGGCCCUGGAUCGGAUGGAGACAAGAACCUCCUACCCUAACACUUUCCGCAUCAUAAAGCUCAUGAUCUACAUCUUUGUGCUGAUCCACUGGAAUGCCUGUCUUUACUUUGCUCUGUCGAAUUACAUCGGCUUUGGAAGCGAUCAGUGGGUCUACCCCAACAUCACUGAUCCAAUGUUUGCCUCCAUGCGGCGCCAGUACUUUUACUGCUUCUGGUUCUCAGCCCAGAUUUUCACCACCGUAGGAGACACCCCUCUGCCAAUCAGGGAGGAUGAGUAUUUAUUCAUGAUUGCAGACAUGCUCAUUGCCGUGCUGGUGUUCGCAUCGAUUGUCGGGAAUGUCGGGAAUGUCAUCACGAACUUAAGGGACAGAGACAAUGUCUUUUUCCCCAACCACGAGUUGGUCAAAGCAUACCUGCGUAGCCACCACGUUAGCAAGGAGCUUCGACAGCGCAUUGACAACUGGUACCAGCAUCUUCACAUCAACAAGAAGAUUAUGCGGGAGAACGAAAUCCUGCAGCAGCUGCCGUUGCACAUGAGGACAGAGAUCGCCGUCAGCGUCCACCUCCCGACUCUUUCUAAAGUCACCAUCUUCCAGAGCUGUGAGAAAAGUCUGCUGGAGGAUCUGGUUCUUAAGCUCACACCUCAGGUGUUCAGCCCAGGAGAGUAUGUCUGCAGGAAGGGAGACGUGGGCCACGAAAUGUACAUCAUCAAAGAAGGGAAGCUCGCAGUUGUAGCAGAUGACGGCGUUACAGAGUUUGCGGUGCUGAGUGCGGGGAAUUUCUUUGGAGAAAUCAGCAUCCUUAACAUCAAAGGUAACAAGUCGGGUAACCGUCGCACUGCCAACAUCAAGAGCAUCGGCCACUCCGACCUGUUCAGCCUUUCCAAAGAGGACCUGACCGACGUGCUGUCUGAGUUUCCUGCAGCCAAGCGUCACCUGGAGGAGAAAGGCCGGCAGAUCCUUAUCAAGAUGGGGAUGUUGGAGGAAAGGGCCGAGGUGGAGGAGGUGGAGGCUGAGAAGGUUGAGACAAAGAUAGAGAGGCUGGAGAGCAGCCUGGAAGUCCUGCGGACCAAACUGGCCCGGCUCAUGGUGGAGCUGGAGUCGAGCAACAGGAAGAUGAGGGCCAGAGUGGAGCAGCUGGAGAUGCGGGUCGCUGUGCUGCACAUUCACCUGCCACCUGGUGAGGAAGGAGGGGAGGGGGCCUCGGGAAGAGAGGACGGGGUCGGAGGAGAAGCUGACUGGGAGCGGGAGGAAGCAGAGGGAGAGGAGGAGGGUGAGGAGGAAAAUGGGGGAAAGCAGGGAGAUAAUAAUGAUGUGACCAAAGAAGGAGACGGUGAGAGCACUAAAAGUACAAAGGAUUUGACUGAAAGAGUGGCGGUGGGGAAUAAAUUUGAUCUGAAGGACUCAGACUGUCUGAAAGGCAAAGAAAGUGAUGGAGAGAAAAUCACAGAGAAAGGAGACGGAAGACCUGGGAAAGGUGAUGGAGCUGAGAUUGAACCGAGGAAUCACAAACACGACCCAUCUGAAGAGGGAGAAUCGGUGGACAAGGAAUACCAAAGAAGACUCAGACGAAAAAGACGCGCAGGGUUCAAAUUAAAAGAAAAGAAAAGUUAA